AUGAAGCGAGCGUUCCAGAAAAUAUCUGUUCGGUCUGUAAAGACUCUUCACUCUCGAAUAUACGAUGGUAAAAGAGCAAAACAUCAGGACGAUAUUCUUACACAUAUCUCGACACUGGACAAGAUUAUGCGGUCUGGAGCCCACAAUGGGUAUGUCUUGUACGGUAAGAAGUACGAUCGACUUCCACAGCUUGUUUCCAGCCGAAAUGCGGUCGAAAUGCAGCAAUUGGUCAAGGAUUUGAUAACACGACUCCAAACGUCAGAACCUUUUGAUUACGGAGCUCAACUUCAAGGCGCCACAAAGCUGGGGAAACUAGGUUUGCAACUUUUCACGGAGAUUAACAGGGACACUGUUGGUCCUUUAAGCACGAGUCUUACCUUAGCGCUUUUACAAGCGUAUAAGCGGUGUCCCAACGAAGAGUUUGUCGUAGGCCUCGAGGACGCAAUGCGGAAAGUGCGCGAGUUCUUAGAUAUAAAAAAAAUCUCUAUCGAAGGACCUGACCAGAUUCGACAGUUAGUCUCGAAAUUGACGAGUUCUGCGGAAAAUGAAGUUACCGUCACGCAAGCGUUGGGAGAGCUAGAUUAUAAACUGUUGUCGAACGACGCUGUGCGCGUCGUAAGAGGUAAACGUACGUCAGACCUGGUACAAGCUGCCGAUGGAUGGAGACACCCUUGCGGCGUGAUGGAUACGAAUGAGCCGUAUCUGAGAUCAUUAGAAUUGCCCAGUAAGAAGCUGGUGUCGCUUAACACGCCAUGUCUCGCUCUUGUCUUCGACGGAGUGCUCCGGGAUUCCCGUCACAUAUUGCCGGCUAUGCAUUACGCCAGCAAGCAAAAACGCCCUCUUGUGGUCAUCUGCUCUGGAAAAGUGACGGGCGACGCACUCACCGCGAUCACGAUCCACAACAACAAGAAUCGACGCCAGCAGAUCCCAUCACCUACCGUAGUGCUCAGGUAUGCCCCUCGCUACGGUGCAAGCGGUUUGAAGUUGCAAGAAGACGUGGAGUUUAUGAAGUUUUUGAAACUGCCACGCGGCCUAGCUAGCGUAUAUUCGCCGGAGUUCAGCGAACUGGUACCCAGUUCUGCAUCUGCAGGUCUGUAUUUCGGCAGCAUGGAGUCCUUCAAGGCUACCACGGGAGAAGCGUUUCUGUACAAUACAUUACACGAUGCGACAGAUGCUUCAGAGACCCACGCCGUGAGUCACACUGCAUACCGCAAGACCGUAACCAUCUACGUGGGCGCGCAAAGCGAGCUUGAAAUAGACCACCGUCGAAAGGAGCUCGACUAUCUCAUCAACGAGGUUCUUUGCAACGGCUUGGCGCAGGGCUGGGUACCUUCAAGCGGGAUCGCGCUUGCCAAGGGUGCUGCGUAUCUACACGGACUCCCUGAUGCACCCGAAGCCGGUCCAAGACAGCUGGCACACGUGGCACUUGCUGACGCACUCUUGGAGCCGCUACAACAUGCUAUCUCGGACGUUUACGGCCACAAUAAGUUCGACAGUGCUCGGCUGGCCUCUGAGACGGCACAAGAUCCCGAGUUCUGCUCGCUCCGGCUCGACUCUAUAGGCAAGGUCAACGAAGACGCCGCUCAAUCGGGCUUUAUCGAGCCCUGGAACACAUUGGACGCUACUCUCGCAAAUGUUACACACUUUAUCAGAAUGAUCACCAGUUGCGACGUUCUCGUCACGAAAAUUUACGACGUGCCUAAGAAAAAGAACUAG